AUGCGAUCUCUAAAAGCAGUGCUAGUAGGAGAUACCAAAGUUGGUAAAAGUUGCAUUCUCAGUCGUUUUGUCCAAGAUUCAUUCGAUCAAAAUACUCCAGCUACUGUUGGAGCUGCAUUCCAUACAAAAAUUGUUCAUACAGACUACGGGCCAAUCAUACUUCAACUCUGGGAUACUGCUGGACAAGAAAAGUAUCGUAGUUUAGCGCCUAUGUAUUAUCGAUCAGCUGCAGCAGCUAUUUUAGUUUAUGAUGUGACAAACAAACAGUCAUUCGAAAAUUUACAGUUAUGGAAUCAAGAAAUUAUCGAAAAAGCGCCAUCAGGCUUAGCAAUAUUCAUUGUUGGAAACAAAUUUGAUUGUAUUGAGGAGAGAGUUGUUUCUCCAGCAGCUGGCCAGUCAAGUGCACAUGAUUUAGGAGCAUCAUACUUCUUCGAGGUAUCAGCUAAGACUGGCGAAGGUAUCAAUAGUUUGUUUUUAAAGGUGGCAGAGUCAGAUAUUCAAAGUGAUUCUCCAGUAGAGAACGAGAGAUCAAAUCAAUUGAAAGAUACAUCAGAAAAUAAAGGCGGCUGCAGCUGCUAA